GCGCGCGCGGGGCUCGGCUCGGAGCGGGCGGCGGGGGAAGAUGGAAGGAGCGUCCUUCGGAGCGGGCCGGGCGGGGGGGGCCAUCGACCCCGUGGAUUUCCUGAAGCAGCCGCAGACCCUGCUCCGGGUGACCACCUGGAUCUUCUCCAUCGUGGUGUUUGGCUCCAUCGUGAACGAGUGCUACGUGAACAAGGACAGCCAGAACCCCGAGCUGCUCUGCAUCUUCAACGAGAAUGAGAGCGCCUGCAGCUACGGCAUCGCCGUCGGCAUCAUCGCCUUCUUUGGCUGCAUCUUCUUCUUCGUGGUGGACCUGUACUUCCAGCAGAUCAGCAGCGUCAAGGACCGCAAGAGGGCCGUGCUGCUGGACCUCGGCUUCUCAGGUUUCCUGGCCUUCCUGUGGUUCGUGGCCUUCUGCUUCCUGGCCAACCAGUGGCAGCGGACGACGCUCACCAGGGGCUUUGCUCAGGGGGCCGACGCCGCUCGGGCAGCCAUCACCUUCUCCUUCUUCUCCAUCAUCGUCUGGGUGGUGCUGGCAGUGAGGGCCCUGCAGAGGUACCGCCUGGGCACGGACAUGUCGCUCUUUGCCACCGACCAGUUCCCCGCCGACCCGAGCGCGCCGUACCCCGGGUACCCCGUGGGCAGCGGCACCGAGAGCACGGAGACCUACCAGAGCCCCCCCUUCACCGAGACCUUAGAGGCCAACCCCAAAGGUUACCAAGUGCCAGCGUACUGAGGGCCCGGGGGCGUCCCCGGGGCCGCAUCCCGCGGUGCAGCACCGGAUCCGGCCGAUCCCAAAUGUAUUCAGUCCCAUUUUCCUUGCCGUGGCCACUCAGUGCUGGGUCCCUUUAUUAGCUCGUUGUGCAGUGAAUUCUGUACAGUGGUAUUGGUUCUUGUCUUACCUGUCCCAGGGUUUCUAAAAGCAGUGUUCCCUCUAAGCCAGAAGGAAGGAAGGUUGUUGCCACAUCACCUACACGUGGGGAAGGAAGAUGAAUAAAUGCCCUCUCUAAGCCUUGGUGCCGGGUGCUGGCUCUGCUGGGAAAGCCCAGGACACCUUUUCCUCUUAGAAAACAGUAGCUGAGGGGUUA